AUGACUCCUCCCAAGCCGAAUAAGCCUCUGCUGUUUUAUCUAUCGGCUGCACAUGAAUCUUUGGGAUGUAUGCUCGCGCAAGAAGAUGAAAGGGUCAAAAGAGAGGUUAACUAUCUGAGUCGCGGUUUGACCGAUACAGAAAUCCGCUAUACUGACAUAGAGAAGAUGUGCCUUUAUCCAUACUUCACUUGCUGCAAGCUCCGAUACUACAUGUUGCAAGUCGUGGUCUAUGUUUUGUCCCAGACCGAUAUCAUUAAGUAUAUCUUGUCAAUGUCGUACUUAAGAAAUCAGAUUGGGAAAUGGGCGAUUGCUAUGUCAGAAUUUACCCUGGAAGAAACGGUUAGUUGUGCUGACAUAACCACGUGGAGAAUGUGGUUUGACGGUUGUAGAACCAGCCAGGGUGCAGGAGCAGGAGUGCAUAUUGUAUUGCCCAUGGGAGCGUCUUACCGAGUAUCAUUUGCACUCAACUUCAAAUGUACCAACAAUCAAGCAGAAUAUGAAGCUCUAAUAUUAGGCCUCCAGAUAUUGGCCAAACUGGGGGCAACAUUGAUCCACGUAUGGGGGGAUUCUUUGUUGGUCAUCAAGCAAGUAAUAGGAGAAUAUAAGUGCAAGUUCGAGCUCCUGGUGAGGUACUGCAACAAGGCGAAGCAUUUAAUAGAAGGUUUCCAGGAUGCGAGGUUGGAGUACACAGAAAGAGCUGACAAUUUCAUCGCCAAUGAUUUAGCUCAGCAUGGCAGUGGCUAUAAGGUAAACCUUGAAUUUGAUGCUAUCGAAAGAGAAUCACCGAAUCUUCAUAAUGGGGCAUCACUUUUGAUGAAGAGGGGAGUUCUGUGUAUCAACUGGAUAUAA